AAAUCACUAGCAAUUCGUGAACUGGGUAUUACUCAGUGGAGUGUCGUAGCAAGCCUAGCUAAAUUGAAACUGAGCCUCUCUUCAGACUGCAUGGACAUACUUUAUAUGAGCAUGCGUGGACUUCGCUUCAAUCUUAGCUCGAACUACGUCAGCACGGAGAUGUCUGCUGUUCUCUCCGACCUGCGAAUUUGUGAUCUCCAUCCUGAUACAAUUUUUAAAAAGGCAGUUAACAAAAUUUAA